UUUCCUGACCCUUUGGUGUGGACAGAAGCCAGAGGGUGAAGGAGGAGAUCGGGUGAACAAAGCGUAAGAAGGAUCCUGAGCAGUCAUGUAUACCAGACAUGUUACAAGGAGAGCACUUAUCUGUGGAUGGGGAGGAGCAAAAAACAAGCCAGACUAAAGGUAGCACGUCUCUAAAAUCAGCCCAGGAAAUCCUUUCAGUGGGUGACCCUGUUAGCAGAGGAAAUACCAUCACCACUGAUCUUAUCAGCUCUCAGCCUCUGCCUGCUGUUUCUCCACCAGCAGAGGCUUCACAGGAGGCAGCAGCGUUUAAGAAACUUACAUCUGACCACCAGCAGAAGCCCGUGUGUCCACGGUGUGGCCUCGCAGCUCCAGAUGACAGACUGCAGGGCUCCAGGUUGUCAGUGCACAGCGGCAGCAGGAGCAGUAAAAGGAGAAGGGAGGCGGGUGCUGCGGCUGGAUCACACCAAACUGCGGCUACACCUGCUGACACGUGCUUUCACCUGCUGCUGGCGUGCCUGUCGUGCCACUGCUCCGUGCUGCUCCUGGGUCUCCUGGAGGCUUGCUCCUCAUGCCUUCACACCCUCUGCUCCUCCUGCUGCCACGCGUGCACCCGCUGCUGUUCAGCCGUUCGGGAGGUUCCCGUGGAGGAGCUCAACUGCCACGCCCACUGCCACUCCGUAUUGUUCGAGUCCUGCUGCGAGCCAACCGAGUGUCUCGAGUUUUGUCUGGAGUGUUGCGAGAUCUGCCAUCGCAGCUAGGACACUAAAGACUGUGGGCCAAUAAGAGAAAGUAACACUAAUGUGGGAUUUAUUAGUACACUGAUGUUGGUUUUGAUUAACUACCAUUUUAUUAACCGUGAUGUAAACAUAUGAGCAAAUGUGAGAUGUGAUAAGUAAAUAUUUUUUCUCUGAUUUGAUGCUGCUCGUCUUAAGCGAAUGAAAUAUUCUUGGUAUGCCAGAUAAAAAAACAACAACAACAGUUGUGCAAUUGGGAAAAAACAACAGUAAAAAUGGGUUUCUUCAUGAUAUAUUAGAAGCUGAAUCAAUGAAAAAGACCCAAGAGUCCUUUAGCUUAGGCUGGCAUAAAGACUGAAAUUUAGGGGACACCAGCAUGGCUGCUGGCCACAUUUAAAAGGGAACUCCUUCAACGACUUAGUACAGACUCCUUGGAGACUACCACUGCCAGUGUUGGGGUUGUAACUAAAGCAAUACAUUACACAUUACCUUUCCUUAAAGCUGCAUUACUUUUAUGUUACCUAGUCCUUGCUGUAGAAAGUAAUAUGUUACGCUAGUCGUUACAUUACUUUCCUAAUUCUUUGUAAAAUGACAUGAAGCAUGUUGCAACAUAACGACAACUUAACAAUAUAAACCGGACACACAAACACACCAACACCAGUCCCAAUCCUAAUGAGGACAGAUAUACAACAACAGAAAGCAAAGUUGAAAACCAGCCCAAAGACAUUUCAGAGCGAUCCCGAAGCGAGUCUGCUUCAGAAACAUGAACAGGUAGAAAGAAGUCUUUAACAUCCUGCUGGGGUUUUUUGCUAGCUUUGUGUUAACAUCCAGUCUGCAGCAGGUUGCAAAGACCUGAAGUUCUUGUAUCAAUAUUUUUGCUGCUGUUUCUGUCCUGGACACAGUUUGCAUGUCCCUAAUGCUCUUAUCCUUGAAAUAAAAAUAAAAUCCAUGUUCAU